ACACGAUAGUGUCAAUCGCGUUUUUAUCCGACUCUCUACUUGUCACAUGUAACAGUUAAAAAAUAAUAAAACACGCACAUCCCGCAUGCAUUUAUCAUAGGUUAUUUUGAUAGAAGUCUAGUCUUUCCACAUGUGUAGUUCCAGAAAAUAUGCAUACCUCCCUAUUGAGGGGGUCGGAGGUAUGACCCCCCACCCCUCUGAAAUUUCCAAACCCCUGGAAAAAUUCCUGGGCGUUUGAACUCCCCUACCCCCCUGGAAUUACCAAUCCCCUCAAUGGGGGGGAUGGAUACUUUCUGGAACUACACCAUAAAAAAGAGGGUUAAGAGAAAAAACAUUGCUUUUUUUAAAUGUAAUUUCAUUUUUUAUAUAAAAAUGUAUAAUUUCCGCCCAUUUAAAAUUAUUUAACAAAAAGAAAGUGUUCCCUUUUUAUCUAGCAUAGAGCCGAGCACUUCAUUCCGCGUUCCAUUCCGAUAAUUAUUACGGAAUCAUUUGCGGGCCUACUGUGUCCUUUUUUGGGAUGUCUCUUUCGGGCCCUGUACAGACCUCUCAAUAAAUCUUUUUCUUAUCAGAGGUCGUUAAGGUAUACCUGUGGUAAAACAGGAUCUCGCCCCAGUCUUUCCUUCCGAGGCCUGGUUUCACUGCAAGUCAACAAAAAUGAAACGAAUACCCGAUCAAAGCGGUACAUGUUGUCAGCUGAACACAAAAACUUAAUUUCUACUUAAAUUAGGUAACUGAAUAUACCAGAACAAAUCAGAUUAUGUUAGGGUAUGUCUAGAAGUAAGAACCAGAAUUUGUUUGUAAGAUCAACGCUGAUAUUGUCUUUUUUCCAUUGUGUUAUGUUACUAAAAAUACUUCUAUCGACUAAAAGACUAUUUGAAUGCAAAAGAUGACCGAACACUCUGGACAACGGGACAAAAAUAACAAACAGCCGUUUUAUCGGUUAGAUUGUAGCAUGGCCGAGGAGCAAGGAUUGUCAAGAUCAUGCCAGGAUGCCCAAGGAUUUGAAAAUGUAAAUACAUAUGAUGCUGUAGCACCAAGUAACCACUUGCAAAAAAUGGAAAAACAGUUUUUAACAAAUCUCAUCUCACAUCCAACAAUAGUACAUCAUCCUCUACAAAACAAGUCACAAGAUAUCAUCAAUCUCACCAAUGACUUUCCUUUAUCAUUGGAGCAGUCUAAAGAAAGAAACUCUAUUUAUGUUUGUGCUGUUGGACAACAGCGCUCAUUAGUUGCUGAUUUAUUUGCAAUGGAUUAUUGCCUAAGUCCUACAGCCCCCAAGCCUGGGGGCGGCCAUGAACGUAAGGCAUCAUCCCCUGAAGGUGAACAUGUUGAUGUCAUAGCCAGCCUUAAAACAGAGGAAGGUGAUUUUGAGGUUGAUAGCCAUGUCAAAUGUAUAAAGGAAGAGCCAAAAGAUAAAGAAUAUCUUUCUUGUUCUAAUGGUAACCCAGAAGCCCUUGAUUCAAAUUAUGACAAUGCCAGUCAAUUGGAAAAGUCUCCUUUAAUGCAUGAUAGACCAAUUAAAGAUACAGGAAUGUGCAAUUUGGCUGAAGAGUCAAAUGGGUCAGAAUCAAAUGCAACCCAAGAAGAUAGUGAGGAUGAAGACUGUUUGCAACAAAACUCCCCCAAAGAGCUGAAUAGGGUGAAAUCUGAGCCUAGUGAAUCAUCAACGCUUGGUAGUGAUGAUGAAAGUCUUCUGAGUAUUGCUGAUCUUCUUCCAGAACAAACAUCAUCCAAGGAAACAGACACUGGUUUUAAGUGUGAAAAAUGUGGAAAGAUUUUCCCAAGAACUUGUGGCCUGAAAAGGCAUGACAACCGUGUUCAUAAACGCUUAAAGCCACAUGCUUGUCCUUUUUGUAAUAAAGCCUUUGCAGAGAAUCGCUGUCUUCAGGUACAUAUAAGGACUCAUACUGGAGAGAGACCUUACCAAUGUGAACAUUGCAGCCAUGCAUUUGCUCAAAAGCAGAACUUAAAUAAGCACAUAAGAUGCUGCCACCUUAAUAUACCUUUAAGGGACCCAUUUCGCAAGCCUCAUAAAUGCGAGGAAUGUGGGAAGCGCUUCCAUGACAAAACUCAUCUUCAGCGUCACACAAUGAUUCACACAGGUGAGAAACCAUACCAGUGUGAGGUUUGCGGUAUUCCAUUUAAAGAGCUAUACAGCCUUACAAGACACAUGAGGUGCAAUAGACACAAGACUAAAGCAAAGGCAACAGUGCAAGGUGAAAAACCUUACCAGUGUGAUGUGUGCAAUAUUAAAUACCGGGAGCUCCACCACCUUACGCGACACUUAACAUGCCGUAGACACAAAGUAAAAGCUGAGAGGGCCAUGGCAGAGGGUCAAAUACAGCCACACCCUGACAAACCAGACACUGAAUCAGAGAUUAGACAGAUUGUUGAUGAAGUUUUGGAGGAAAAUGGAAGUGAUGAAUCUGUUGAGAUCGAUUUGGAUCAGCCAGGGAGUCCCAUUAUUAAAAAAGAACUUGAAUUGGAUUAAUCUUUUCCAGCCUUUUGAAAAAGAUGUUUUUACAAAAACAAAUUCGCCAUUUGCUUAAAAUUUGUUUACAAUUCAUAAUUUAUUUGUUUUUCAAGUUUUAAGACAUUUCUAAUUUAUACCUGUUGUAGCUACACAUACAGACUAGUCAGUUUGACCAUCAGCAAUUCUGAAAUUAUUAAUUAGUAAAGCUUUCCAUGUCAUAUAUUUUUUUACGAAUUAUACAAAAAUAUAAUGCUACCUUUGAAUACUAAUGUUAUUUCAUAAUAUGGUUCUGAUCCAUUUUUAAUCAGUGAAAGUAUAAAUUAUUUCGAAAAGGCGUCCAAUUAUUUGGAUAGUUAGUGCUGUCACUAGAAUUGUAUGACAUGGGUCAGCAUUUCCAAUCUCUUAGCGGUUAAUUAAAUUUGAUAAGAGGCAA